ACCUAAACCUGCGGUCGAAGUUUGGAGUCCCGACUGUUCGAAGCUCCUCUUCCUCUCCCCCAGUCCCCGUGCCGCCUUCGUCUUCCCUUAUCCUCCCUACAGUCCACAACGCCAGUCGCUAAACCACAAGCUUCGAAUCGUCUCCGACCCCCGACUCUGUUCCUCGCCUUCGUGCUCUUCCUCGGUCCCUCUUCAUCGUCGUGCCUCACCUCAAUAUUCAGAGUUCAGAUAAUCAAAUCUCCUCCCUCUGUAUCUGAUCUCUCCCUUUCUCGCACUCAGAUCCACAGCUGAUUUGGCACAAUCAGAGUAGAAAAAAAAAUGCCUCUUUACGAUUGUAUGUUUCUAUUCAAGCCUAAUCUAAAGAAGGAAGCUAUCAUGGAUUUGGUUUGUAGGGUGGGGAAACAUGUUUAUAGAAGAAAUGGAGUCCUCACUGAUGUCAAGUCUUUUGGAACAGUUCAGUUGGGCUAUGGUAUUAAAAAGCUAGAUGGCAGAUAUUAUCAGGGUCAAAUGAUGCAAAUGACUAUGAUGGCUACACCCAACAUCAAUAAGGAGCUGCAUUACCUAAACAAGGAAGACCGGCUACUUCGCUGGCUGCUGGUUAAACAUCGCAACACGCAAUAUGGGAUUGACUUCUUAAAUGAGGAGCAAACUCAACUCGAGCUCAGCCGAUGGCCUCGAAGCCGUAUUUAUGAUGAAUAUGUUGACCAUGAUGAACAUGAAGACAGCAACGAUGAGGAAUAUGAAGUGGAGGAAGUAGAGAAAAAGUUGGAUUAAAGUCUAAUAGGGUAUUUCUUUUUGGUUUCCAUUAUGAGAGGAACAAAGCAUUGGGCUUUGUAUUGUGGUGCUAGGCAUGUUCUUAAUAGUGUGAGGCUACAAUUUGAUAUCAUCAGUUAGUAUGAUGUUAUGUUGUUGAUCUCAUGCGCUCUCAGUUUGGUUGUCAAGAAAAAGAGCCUUGCAUGGAAAUUGGGUAUAAUAUUUUUUAAUUCACUGACGUGAAUGGCACUUUUCUGGGAAUGUAUGAGCAUUUUAAUUUGAUUGACAUCUUGUGGCUGGUUCAA